AGUACAACGUUGACUAUCACCUCGGAAUAAAGAGUAUUUUUGCCGGACGUUUAUCGAUCGGUGUCUGCGUAUUCGCACAGUAUAGAGCACCGCAGGUAUAUAUUAUAGUAGAUGUGGACAGGUUUCUUUUGGAAAUAUUUAUUUUUGUGUGUGGAUAAAUAUACACUUUGAUACUACUGAGACUAUAUAUGAUUAUUGAGUGGAUCAAUGGUGGAAAAAUGAAAAUAUUUUGCAAUGCAGUCGGUUGACCGUAAAGUAAUCUCACAGAAAUAAUAACACUUGUGCAAAGUGAAGUGCCAAUUUAGUAUUUUCAUCAAGAAAAUAUUGACAAAACUCGUCACAUCAAAGAAGUAUUAGAAAUAUCCCAGUUUCAAAUCACAAUGGGAAUAUCCAGACAUUUAAAGAAUCCGUCUUUGCGACGCAGAAAGGACGAAAUAACACCGAAAGAUGUCACCGAACAGUCCCUACAAGUAUGGCUCGGUCUUCCAUCGAAAAUUCGUCGUGAUCCCAGUUUGGUGUCAUUUCAAAUGGAACACGAGAGGCUACACGGUCAUGACGAUGAACGCCCCGAAGAGAAUCUUGAUGAAAUUGAAGCUUAUGAUAAUGAUGAAGAUCCGGUGGAAUUCAUUACUAUGGGAAUACCACAGGACACCAGUAACAAUAGUAGCUUCAGGUCGCACAAGUUUAGCGAUCCACCGUCUGACAUUGCUUCAGCUACCAAAGAAGACGUACACGAGACUAUCAAGGAAGCUGACCAUUUCUUCAGCAGUUCCUGGCAAAAUAAUGUCAAAAUCGGAAUAUUGUUCCUAGUUUGGCUAUUUUGUACUGGGACUCUGGUGCAGGGGGAGGAAAAAAUGAUAAAAUACAAAUUGAUCUCAAUCCCCGAACAAGGAGUUAAAUAUUUCACAAUACCGAAAGAAUCGAUUGGAUCUCUACUAUCACUCUCCGUCGAAGGGCCAUUGCUCAGCGAAAAGGAAAAGUCGUCAUCUCUCAACUACCUAGCCGUUUCCAUUGAAUCGUACGUCUUACUUGCCAACAGUAGUGUGGCUGAUAAAACUUCAAAAAUAUGGAAAAUUCCGGUUUCAUCUCGAACUGUUUUUGAUACCAUAAUACCAACGACUCGGCGUAAUGUGUUUGAUGUCAGCAUGUUAAACAGUGAUAAGCUGCAAUCAGAUGACAAAUACAGUUUGAGAAUCAAGUUUCAAACGAAUUCCGUUGAAGAAUUUGCUAUUCAAUUGGGCUACGAUAUGUCCCCGAUUAAUAUGAAUGUUGGCGUGAUAUUCGGUGGGGCAAUUUUGAUUCUAUUCUAUGGGCUCAUUAUUUUCGAAGUCGUUCAUCGAACGUUUGCGGCAGUGAUGUCAUCCAUUUUAACAAUAACCAUUCUGACUCUUUUGAACGAUCGACCGACUAUGAGUGACGUCGUUACUUAUAUGGAUAUGGAAGCCUUGCUACUACUAUUUUCGAUGAUGAUCGUGGUAGCUGUGAUGACGGAAACAGGGGUAUUCGAUUACUUGGCGUACUAUGCGUUCAAGAUCAGCAAUGGGAAAAUAUGGCCACUAAUUCACUGCCUAUGCAUAAUCACAAUACUCGUGUCUUCUGUCUUGGAUAAUGUAACUACCGUGCUGUUGAUGACACCAGCCUCUAUAAAAUUAUGCGAAGUAAUGCACCUGAAUCCAUUACCAAUCAUUAUGACAAUCAUUCUGCACUCAAAUAUUGGCGGUAUCAUAACUCCCAUUGGCGAUCCGGUUAGCAUUGUCAUCACUUCGCAUCAGUACAUUGCCAAGCACGGAGUUACAUUUAUUGCAUUCGUUGCUCACGCAACGGUCGGAGUUAUUUUGGUUGGCAUCCAAACUGGAAUACAUUUGCGGUUUAAAUACCACGACAUUCAUGACCUUAAGUACAGAGAGUCGAGGAAAGCGAAAGAACUUCGUCGUGAGAUAACCGUAUGGAAACGGGCAGCCGACAAGCUUUCGUCAUUUUCGAAAGAUGUUGAUCUGGUGCGUGAAACGUUGUUGAAAAAGGUGAAAAUUCUGAAGCAUCAACUGAAACGAGCCGAACAGUCUGGCACCGAUUCGAAGGAAGAAUAUAAAUUCACUUUGAACGAACUGAAGAUGAGUUACAAAAUCAAAAACAAACCUCUGCUCAUCCAAUCUGCUAUUGCGCUGGUUUUUGUCAUUGCCUUCUUCUUCAUUCAAUCAGUGCCUCGAUGGACAAGUUUACCCCUAAGCUUUUGUGCUCUCUUAGGAGUGAUUUUACUAUUGAUUAUUGCCGACAAAGAUGAUAUGGACGUACUAAUGCAUCGUAUAGAAUGGACGACGAUGUUAUUUUUCGCCGCAAUGUUCGUUACAAUGGAAUGUUUAGCGCGAUUAGGACUUAUAAAUUGGAUAGGAAAACAGUCGGAAAUAAUCAUCCAAUCUGUUGGCGAAGACUAUCGCUUGGCUGUUGCCAUCAUCAUUAUUUUAUGGGUUUCAGCUCUCACAUCAUCACUAGUGGAUAGUGUAGCUGUGGCCUCAAUGAUGAUACGAGUUGUUGUGUCGUUGGCCGAAAAUCCAUCAUUAGGACUGCCAUUGCAGCCACUAGUUUGGGCGCUGGCAUUCGGUGCUAGCCUCGGUGGCAAUGGGACACUCUAUGGUGCUUCGGCUAAUGUUGUGUGCGCGGGAAUAGCAGAACAGCAUGGGUAUAAAGUUUCAUUCAUGGAUUACAUGAGGGUUUGCUUUCCAAUAAUGAUCGGAAGUAUUGUGGUUGCAACAGGGUAUCUUAUGGUGUCACACGUGGUAUUCACUUGGCAUUAAACUAAUUAUUUUGCUACGUAAAAAUUAGGUUCUUGAGACCGAUAUUGCCACCGAUCAAUGAAGAAUUUAUCAUUUUAUUUGAGUGAAUUUUGUGAUAAAAUUUUGUCUAGCCAGAGGACGUUACGUUUUUCAAUAAAAAAAACACUUUAAUACAUGA